GUAUACCAAUUGCCUAAGUAAGAGGGGCAAAAAAGUGAAGGAGAUUAAAAAAGUCAGGAAUGAAAUACUGUAAACGAUAACGAACUGAAAACCAACCAGUCUUUGAUGGCGAGUAUGAUACUCUCCAACUCGCUCUCCUCUUCUACUACUUUCCUCCGAUUCAAUGAGCCCCAACGGCAGCAGCUCUUUGUGUGUUCCUCUUCUCGAAAUACGCCGCCGUUUCUUCAUUUUCAUAGCCGGAAAUUGAAGAAGAGCAGCAGAGCCUUAAGAGUGGUGACACGUGCAGGAGGAGGAAUAAGUAGCAGCAGCUACAUAUUUGCUUUGAUAUUCCCACUUUCUCUGCUUGCUAUCACUAUCUUCACUUCUGCCCGUAUUGCUGACAAUCUCGAUCAGAAAUUCCUCGAAGAGCUUGCAGUAAAUCAAGCAAUAAUGGAAGGUGAGGAAGAUGAUGGCAUUGUGGUUACUCCGUUAGAAGAAAAACGUGCAACUCCUCGUACACGUAACCGACCCAAACGGGAAGUUGAACCUUCAUCUAAGUAGGCCAAUUUGUUAAGGUGAAAAAAAUAUGAUCUACAGAGUAGCUUCUUGGUCCAAUUUAGCACUGCACCAUUAUAUCAUCGUUGACUACAAAAAUGUCUUUAUUCAGCCGAACUCUUUGUACUAAAGCUAUCUAAUUCAAAAUAUUACAGUAUAUAUGUGUAUGAAGCGCUAUGUUUCCUUCUGCUA